AAGCGCAAGCGCGCAGCAGCGUCGGUCCGUCUGUCUGCGGCUCCGCGGCUCUUCUUGGUCUCUGUCUCGCUGUCGGAUCCUGCGGGAAGCGGCGUCUUCUUCCAGGUGGAGGAAAGCGGCGGAUCUUCGGCCUCAGUGACGGACGGACGGCGGGCAUUGCGGCGGGGACAGACCCGGCUCGGCUCUUCUUGACCCCGCUGCGGUGGAAAAACCCGGACGGAGGCCCGCAGUGUGCGUUCAGCCUCCCGCAGGCCUCCGGCCCGGACUCCCGCUUUUCUCCCGGAAAAUGGACGGAUUCACCGGCAGUUUAGAUGACAGUAUGUCUGGAGCAAGUGUGUCAGAUGUCAACGAUCGCCUUUCUGCUCUGGAGCUUCGUGUUCAGCAGCAGGAAGAUGAGUUGACGGUGAUGAAAGCAGCUCUUGCUGACGUCCUUCGCCGUCUCGCUGCCUCUGAAGUCUCUGCUGCCUCCUCAACCAAGAAACAACAUGGAGGGAAAGGCGGUGCUGCACUACGUGAAGCAUACUCAAUGUCCUGUAUCGCUAACGGAGGAACAUCUGGACGAAAGAGAGACUCCACGUCCGUCACCAGGAAAGAGACGGUGUCAUCCGCCGCCAAGAGUGGAGCAGACAGGAAGAAGGAGACCAGCAACCAGCGGUCUCUGAUGGAAGAGAUCCAGGAGCGUGAGGAGCCUCCUCGCCCAAAGGACCCAUCCCCCUCUCCCUCCUCCCCCCACCCUCCCCAGACCCCUCAGACCCCCCAGACCCCUCAGAGACCGGCCCAGUCCACUGACAGCAGUAAAGGCCACGCCCCUCCCAAAAGGGGGCCCAGUGUGAAGCGGUCCUCAGGUAUGGAGCGUUCUCAGAGCAGCACCUGGGACACUUCAGAGGAAAACCGGAACAAACUGGUGAAAGCUGCGUCCACCUCCAAACUGCUCGCCAAAGUCGCCAAGAACGCUGAGAGACACAAAGACCCGGUGGUCAGUCAAGCCAAAAUGUCGACCCGAGAGAAAAACAGCCAAGCUGAGGGGAACCACAUUAAGAUGUUCAUGCGCGGUCGACCCAUCACCAUGUUCAUCCCUUCAGACGUGGACAACUACGAGGAGGUUCGGACAGAACUUCCUUCAGAACGACUCAAGCUGGAGUGGGUGUAUGGAUACCGCGGCAGAGACUGCAGAGCCAACGUUUACCUCCUACCAACCGGAGAGAUCGUGUACUUUAUCGCCUCUGUCGUCACUUUGUUUAAUUACGAAGAACGCACUCAGAGACAUUACCUCGGACACACCGACUGUGUCAAAUGUUUGGCCAUCCAUCCUGAUAAGAUCCGAAUCGCUACGGGACAGAUUGCAGGAGUGGACAAAGACGGACGGGCGCUGCAGCCUCAUGUUCGUAUUUGGGAUAGUGUCAGUCUGUCGACUCUGCAGGUCGUCGGUUUGGGAACAUUCGAGCGAGGUGUCGGCUCUCUGGCUUUCUCCAAAGCUGACUCUGGUCAGCACCUGAGUGUUAUUGACGACUGUAAUGAUCACAUGUUGACAGUUUGGGAUUGGCAGAAGAAGUCGAAAAUCGCUGAGAUCAAGACCACUAAUGAGGUGGUCCUGGCUGUGGAGUUCCACCCUACCGACCCCAACACCAUUGUCACUUGUGGAAAGUCCCACAUCUUCUUUUGGACCUGGACUGGGAACUCGCUGGCUCGUAAACAGGGAAUCUUUGGGAAAUAUGAGAAGCCGAAGUUCAUUCAGUGUCUAGCCUUCUUGAGUACCGGUGACAUCCUGACCGGAGACUCUGGAGGAAUCCUUCUGGUCUGGACCAGGAGCUCCGCUGAGACCCCCACCGGGAAGGGACCCAGAGCAUUUCAGAUCAGUCGGCAGGUCAAAGGUCACGAGGGCAGCGUGUUCUGUAUGUGUGAGAUGAGGAGCGGCACUCUGCUGACCGGAGGAGGAAAAGACCGAAAAAUCAUUCUGUGGGACCACGAACUGCGAGCCGACCGUGACAUCGAGGUCCCAGAUCAGUACGGAACCAUUAGAGCUGUGUCUGAGGGGAAGGGGGACGAGUUUCUGGUUGGGACGUCUCGUAACUUCAUCCUGAGAGGAACCUUCAAUGACGGCUUCCUGGUGGAGGUUCAGGGUCACACAGAUGAGCUGUGGGGUUUAGCGACUCAUCCAUCCAGAGACAUGUUCCUGACGUGCGCUCAGGACCGGCUAGUCUGCCUCUGGAACUCGAUGGAUCACAGUCUUCAAUGGAGCCGCACGCUGGAGGAACAUGGACAUUGUGCUGACUUCCAUCCCAGUGGAGCUGUAGUCGCCAUAGGAACGCACUCAGGAAAGUGGUACGUUCUGGAUGCUGAGACCACUGACCUAGUGGCGAUCCAUACUGACGGGAACGAGCAGCUGUCAGUGAUGCGUUUCUGUGUAGAUGGCAGUCUGUUGGCUGUUGGAUCUCAUGAUAACUUUAUUUACCUCUACACCGUCUCCGAGAGAGGACGCAAGUACAGCCGAUACGGGAAGUGCACAGGACAUUCCAGCUACAUCACACACCUGGACUGGUCACCUGACAACAACUUCAUCAUGUCCAACUCUGGAGACUAUGAGAUCCUCUACUGGGACGUUCCAAAUGGUUGUAAACUGAUCAGAAAUCGUUCAGAGUGUAAAGACAUCGACUGGGCGACGUACACCUGCGUACUGGGGUAUCAUGUGUUCGGUGUGUGGCCUGAGGGUUCAGAUGGCACCGACAUCAACGCUCUGAUCAGAUCUCACAACAGAAAGGUGAUUGCUCUGGCUGACGACUUCUGUAAAGUUCACCUGUUUGCCUACCCGUGCUCCACUGCCAAGGCUCCCAGCCAUAAGUACAGCGCCCACAGCAGUCAUGUGACCAAUGUCAGCUUCCUUUAUCGAGACAGUCACCUGAUCUCAACCGGGGGGAAGGACACCAGCAUCAUGCAGUGGCGUUUGGUGGAGAAAUCUUCGCUGUCUCUCACCGACGGCCUCCUCUCUAACUCUGCCCCCCACCGGGCGGACCCCAUCUUCACCCCGUCCAUACAGGACCCUGCCCCUCCCCCAACGGCUAACGGGACCCAAGAACCCUCCCCAGACACCCCACCCCCAACCAAGUUAACCCCACCCAUUUCUGAGUUAACCCCGCCCCGCUCCGAGUCGACCCCACCCCCCUCGGACAGCACAGUGAGUCUGAAGGACAGUCUGGAGCCAAGUGACGACACAGCCACGCCCAGUGACGAGGGCCUUCCCCCCCUCACCCCCCUCAUAAACAGAGAGUGUGUGAGUGUGUGACUGCUUGGGUACAACUAUCUUUGUGAGGACCAGGGAGGGUUUUAUAAAGAGGGGACACUGUGUUUGUAAAUGUUUAUUCGACAGUUCAGACUUGGUUUUAAAGUUAGGAUCGAGUUUAGGUUCAGCUUAGGAUGAAGAGUUUAAUACAAUGUCAACACGUAUUGGUAAAACAUUCAGAAAUCCACAAAAUAGAAUCAUCAUGUUUUAUAGUUUUUUUUCCGUUUGUCAGUACAUCCAUGGGUACACUGCUAAUGGCUGCUAACGGCUGCUAACAGCUAAUUCAGCUACUGGUAAUGGAGACUCAAUAUAAACACAUACAGAGAUCUCAGUGGUUAAUGAUAAAACAUGUAUUAUGUAAACGAGGGUCCUCACAAGUAUAGAAGUACGUCUGUGUGUGUGUGUGUGUGUGUGUGUGUUAAAAUAAACGUUCCUUCAGUUUUAACAAACUUGAUGUCACAGUUUGAAACACCUGGAGUGUCUGAUUUACCUGAGCAGAGACUGGAGGAUACCUGACACACACACACACACACACACACACACACACACACACACACACGUGUGUCAGGUAACUUUCUCUCCUCCAAUAAGAGUAGUUGAACAAGAAGUGUCAGAAAGGAUCUGCAAGUCUUUAAAAAACUUAUUCUUUUAAUUUGGUUAAAAAUCUUGUUUUAUUUUAUUGUGUUUUGAUGAAAAAUGUCUAAUGAUUAUGAAUUAUUGGUUCCUACCAAUUAUUGAUCAAAGGAAUCAUGUAAAAUAAGCUGCAGACGGCUUAGAGUUAAAUAUUGAUUGAAUCUUAUCAAACUCAACACUUCUGUUAGACCCUUCACAAUAAAAGCCCUCCAAGGAAGAAAGUACUAUAAAAGGCUUUUAAUUUGAAAGAAUGGCCCGAGAGGCAUCAAACUAAAAUAUAAUAGAUAAUAAAAAUGUCUGAAAAAUAUAUGGUUUGCUAAGGCGGACGUUAAUUACGACUCCCAGGGUGCAUUUCACUAACAACCAAUCACAGAGCUUCACACUCAAUUCAGAUUCAGGUCUUAAAUGUGUUAGAACCAGUCAUGUUAAUUCUUGGACCUGUCCCCUGAGACAGUGGAGCUUCAGAGUUAAACUGAUAACAGGAAACAGGAAGUAAACAGGUGGAAACAGGAAGUUGUAAACAUGAAGUCAAGCUCCAGAGUAAAAACUGAUCAGAAUCCAGAGUUUGUGUCCGAGUGAGACGUCUGGUUCUGAUAGAUUGUCUGUGUUUGUAUAUACUGCAGAUACCUGUGUAUAUUUCUGUUCACCACUGGGGGGCAGCAGCUCCUCAUCUACACUGUACAAAUAAACAUUCAACACUCACAUCUCUCAGCCAAUCAGGUCCCAGGAAACGUGUGAUCCUCUCUUCUGAUUGGCUGGUUUUCAGUGACUCACUGAAUGACUGCUGAUGACAUUUGUUUUUGUCUCUUCUGGACCAUUUCUGUUCAAAAUGUCUUUUGAAUGUCAUGAUGAUGUCGGGGGGGGGGGUCAUGUUUUUUUUUCCAUUUUAAUACUCUUCAUCUUUAAUAUCUUCAUCUUUUCUACACUCGUCUCUCUGAAGGGCUUGUACAGAGUUCGGGGACUCACCUGGACGUUCAGGGAGGGCGGGGUAACAGGGAGCGUGUGGGAGGGGCCAGGGUCUUGUGGGAGUUUCUGGAAGUGUUUGUUUAUUUUUCAGCAAUCAUUAACAACAUUGAUACCCAUGAUGAUGAUGAUGAUGAUGACGGUGUUCAUGUGACUGUUUUGAGCCAAUCAUGUCUUCUCUCAUGCAUUCCUGUCAGACGACAGACUGUACUGAAGAUUUCAACAAAAAAAUGCAAAUAAAUGUUUUGAAAACUUUCAUCAAA